AUGCAAAAGCCUUUGAUGGGAGGCAGUCGAGCCCGUGCCGCGACCGGCUGCGGUUGUCUGUGUCGCUCCGUCGCGCGCGCCGCCGCCACCACCGCCGUGCUGUCGCGGCGUUCCCGCUGCAUCGGCGAUGAGCGCCAGCGCAGGUCCGGCCGACGGCCCAGAGCGAUGAUCACCGCCGCGCUAUGGACGUCGUUAUGUAUCUUCACAUGUGCGCGCGCGUCACGUGAGACGGGCAGCGCGCUGGUGGCCUCGUUCGACGCCGGCGGCGAGACGGCGGCGCUGCAGCACCUGGCGCAGCACGCGCCCACCGGUCAUCUGUUCGUCGCCGGCGUCAACCGGCUGUGGCGGCUCGACGCCGCGCUGUCGCAGCUCUCGCGCAUCGAGACCGGGCCGCUGCAGGACAAUGUCACGUGCCCGGCGUCCGGGUGUCCUCCGGGCGCCGCCACAGAGGCCACGGACGCGUUCAGUAAGCUGCUGCUGGUGCUGGACGGCAGCAGCCAGCUGCUGAGCUGCGACUCGGUGCGCCAGGGCGCCUGCUGGCUGCGGCCGCUCGACGACCCGGCCAACGGCCAGUUUCUGCCCGUCAGCGUGGCCGCCAACGACGAGCAGGCCACCACGGUGGGCCUGCUGGGGCCCGAGCGGUACCACCGCUGGGACAGUCACGAGCCAGUGCUCUACGUGGCGGCCACCUUCACCGGCGCCGGCCCGUACCGACACGACGUGCCGGCCAUCGCCACGCGCCGGCUCGACGACCUGCAGUACGCAGAGUUCUCCUUCUCGCAGCAGUCGCUGAUGCGCAUCGAUGUGAAGUAUCGUGAUCAUUUUCUUGUGCAGUAUAUGGACGGCUUUAGUGCCGGUGAUUUUGUGUACUUUGUGACGGUGCAAAAGAAGUCGCACCUGCCCGGUCAGGACGAGGUGGGCUACGUAUCGCGGAUAGCGCGCGUGUGUGUAACAGACCCAAACUAUAACAGCUACACGGAAGUGACAGUGUCGUGUGGGGAGUACAAUUUGGUGCGAUCAGCGCGGCUGAUGUCGGCAGGCGCCGACCUGGCCACGGCGGCCGGCGUGCGUACGGGCGACCCGGUGCUGGUGGCCGUGUUCUCUCCCAGCGACGGCAACACGAUGGUGUACCAGAACCGGUCGGCCGUGUGCGUGUUCCCCCUACAACAGGUCGACACGGCCUUCGACGAGAGCAUCCACAUGUGCUUCAAUGGCACGGAGCCAUACAGGAACAUGGAUUACAUCUCGGGACUCAUCGAGAACGGCAUGUGCAUCAAGUCGCCGGUGCCGCUCGCCGAGCUCGACUUCUGCGCCGUGGGGUUGCGUAUCUCCGGCGCAGUACCACUGACUGCCACCCCUGCCAUCGAGUACAACGUCAGCCUGAGUUCAGUGGCGGGCGCCGCCGUCCACCGACACACAGUGCUCUUCCUCGGAGACCGGCGCGGCUCCGUGCGAAAGGUGCUGCUGAGCUCACCCAAGGAGGCCCGCGAGUACGGCCGGGUGACGGUCUCCAGUGGCGAGACGAUCCUGACUGAUACUCAGCUGGACACUGAACAGAAUCACCUCUACGUCCUCUCCACUACCAGGGUAACCAAGAUGCGAGUCCAGACAUGCGAGGUGUUCACUGACUGCUCGUCCUGUCUCAACUCUGGUGACCCUUACUGCGGCUGGUGCUCGCUGGAAAAGAGGUGCACGGUCAAGCCCGACUGCAGCGACGCCAGCGCCAGCACGCAGCGCUGGCUGGCGCUGGACACCAAUAGUCGCUGUAUCGACUUUCAGAGCAUCGAGCCGCAGAGUCUGCCCAUCUCGGACGCCGCCACGAUCCGUGUUCGUCUGAGCACUCUGCCAGCGCUACCUACCGGUGCCAAGUACCAGUGUGUGUUCGGGAACGCCAGUCCGAGUGACGCGCUGCCCACCAAGGGAGGCCUGCAGUGCACGGCGCCGCCGCCCGAGCUGCGGCCCGCCGUGCCGCCCGGAGCCGACCACGUGGCCGUGCCGCUUUCCGUGCGCUCCUCAGAGACCAACAAGGACUUUGUGUCGCGCGAGUUCUCCUACUACGACUGUGGCCGGCACGCCACGUGCGCCGACUGCGCCAGCUCGGCCUGGGCGUGCAACUGGUGUGUGUACGACAACAUUUGCACGCACAACGCCACCUCCUGCCGGCGAACGGUCGUCUACGGAGAAAAUUCCUCAGGCGAGUCUGAGCGGCGGGGCGUGUCGUUCUGCCCGCGCCUGCGCCGGCCCAGCGCCGACGAGCUGCUCGUACCGGACGGAGCGCCCACCGCCAUCCGCCUGCAGUUGGAGAACGCGCCGCGCGGCUCCAACUACCAGUGCCUGCUGCGGCUCGGCGACCGCACCCACCGCGUGCGAGCCGUCCUGGACGGCGACACCGUCACCUGCGCUCAGAAACGGUUCUCCUACUCUGCAGCCACAGCGAAUGAGACGGGCCGGUUGACGGUGGUCUGGGAUGGCGAUCAUCUCGUGGACGCCACCAACAUCACGCUCUACAAGUGCGGCGUGCUGGGCAGCCACCGCGGCCACGCCGAUUGUUCGCUGUGCGUCACCCGCGACCCGCGCUACAAGUGCGCCUGGUGCGGUGACCGCUGCGAAUACGCCCCCAACUGCGCCGAGAGACACGAGAGCUGCGGAAAGCCGACCAUCACCAAGAUCUGGCCCGACUCUGGCCCUCUGGAGGGCGGCACCCUGCUCACCAUCGAGGGCUCCAACUUGGGUCGCUCUGAGUCGGAGGUGCGGGACACAGUGGUGCUGGGCGGUGCCUCGUGCAGUCUGGUCGAGUACGAGGUGUCUGUGAGGCUCGUCUGUCGCACCGCGGCCGUCUCGCGCCAGCAGCGAGUCUCUGUUCUGGUGGGGAACGCGGCUGGGUACUCGGAGGCGGCACAGCGCUUCUCCUUCAAGGAGUUGGAGUUGACGGGCAUCACGCCACACCGAGGUCCUCUGAGCGGCGGCACGCGCAUCACACUUCUCGGCGCCAACUUACACACGGGCUCCAACCACUCUGUGACGCUGGACGGGCGGCCGUGCGAGGUCACCGUCGGGGCCAACCUCACCUGCUUAACCCCACCCAGUAACGGCACCAGCUCGGUGCAGCUUCUGCGGCUAACCGUGGACGGUGCGGAGCGCACGCUGCGCUCUCCCUUCGUCUACACCCCCGACCCCAGCGUGCUUGAUAUCCGGCCUCUGCGGACGUUCGCCAGCGGUGGCCGGCUUAUCUCCGUUCACGGCACACACUUGGACACGGUACAGAGUCCCCAGAUCCUCAUCUUCAGCGAGGGCAGAGAAGUAGGCCGCGCGCCGUGCACUGCGCUCGACGCCACGCGACUUCAGUGUGACUCGCCGCGGUGGCAGCCACAGACGGACACCAGCUACAACGCCAGCCGGACAGACGCCAGGGGCGGUCUGGCGCUACCAGCUGCCGCCAGUCGAGAGGUGCUCAUCGGAUUCCAGAUGGACAAUGUUUUAGCAGUGCGUCAGCUGGCGCGUCAGCCGGACCUGAGGGCCACCAUGACGUACGUGCCGGACCCCCUGGUGCUUCCCUUCACCGACGGAAGGCGGGCCUACACCGGCGAGCCGCUCCUCGUGCGUGGAGAGAACCUCAACCUGGCCGCGGACGCCAGUGACGCGAGCGUUACCGUCGGCGAUCAGCCGUGCAACGUCACCUCCCUGGCGCUCCGGCAGCUGGUGUGUGUACCCCCGACGGACGCCAGCGGACCGCAGGAGGUGCGGGUCCGCAUCGGUCGGCUGCUGGAGUUCCGCCCGGGAACCCUCGAGUACGGCCCUCCGGCGGGCGGCGCGCCCACCGCCCUGCUGGCCGGGGUCAUCAGUGGGGCUCUGGUGCUGGCCGCUGCCACCCUGGUGGCCGGCGUGCUGUACCGCCGCCGCUCCACGGCCGCCAGCCAGCAGUUCAAGCGCGUCCAGCAGCAGAUGAACAACAUGGAGAACAACGUGCGCACCGAGUGCAAACAAGCAUUCGCCGAGCUGCAGACGGACAUGUCUGACCUGACCUCUGCCCUCGAGCACGGGAGGGUCAUCAUUCACGAGCACAAGACCUAUGUGCUCAACGUGCUCUUCCCGGGCGCGCCCGAUCACCCAGUCGGAAAGGACACGCUCCCGGUGGGAUUCACAGUCGGUGUGAAGACAGCAAUGGCUCAGUUCGAGCAGCUGCUUACAAACCGAAACUUCCUCCUGAUGCUCCUCGAAGCCCUCGAGUCGCAGAAAACAUUCAGCAGCCGGGACAGCGUCAGCGUGGCCUCGCUGUUGACGGCCGUGCUGCUACCGCGCAUGGAGUACCUGACGUCGAUCGUGGCUGGCCUGCUGCUGCGCGGCCGGCCGGCCACGCCGCGCACGCUGACGCGCCGCUCGGACACGACGCUGCUGGAGCGUCUGCUGACCUGCUGGCUGUCGGUGUGCCUGUACGAGGAGCUGCGCGAGGGCGGCCCGGCCGGCCGGCUGCUGCUGCUGGUGCGCGCGCUGCACCGGCUCACGGAACGUGGGCCGGUCGAUGCGCUGACCGGCGCGGCGCGCUACUCGCUGGCAGAGAGUACGCUGCUCAAGGAACAGGUCGACUACAAAACGGUGGUGGUGCAUGCGUCGCUCAAUUCCAACCCCUCUACUUUGACGUGCGCCGCUCUUUCGUGCGACACCAUAAGCCAGGUGAAGCAGAAGAUUAUCGACCGGAUUUUCUCCAGCAGCGCCGACUCACACAAGCCGGCGCCGCAGGACUUCGACCUGGAGUGGCUGAACGGCCGCGGCGGUCGUCUGACGCUCUCCGACACGGACCUCAGUUCUGUGACGCUGCACGGCUGGAGGCGCGUCAACACCCUCUCCCACUACGGCCUGGAGGAGACGGCGAGGCUGGCGCUGGUGGCGCGUCACAGCGACGAGUACACCAACUACUCGGAGCCGUACAGCAACCCGGUGACGCACAUUUACGCCACGCCGGAGCUGACGCUGCCCAGCUCGUCGGCGGGGUACGCGAGUGGCGCGAGCAGCGGCUGCGAGCCACAGCCGGCGCAGAUCUACCACCUGAGCCGGUCGGCCUCAGCAGGCACCACCAAGAAGGACGAGCUCAAACAGCCCAUCCCGGAGAUCUACCUGACGCGACUCAUUUCCACCAAAGGAACGGUGCACAAGUACAUUGAGGACCUCUUCUCUGCCCUGCUGAGCGCCCGCCACCUGCCUGCGCCGGUGCGAUGGCUGUUCUCGCUGCUGGACGCUCCCCCGCCUCCCGAGCCGGACGGCCAGCCGGCGCGGCGCACGGCGGCAGACGUGGCGCAGAGCCGCGCCUGGAAGGCCGGCGUGUACGGCGUGCGCGUGUGGGCGGCCCUGCUGCGCCACCCGUGGACCGUGUACGACGUUCGGCGCUCUCAGUCGUUUGACGCGUCUGUCGCCGUGGUGGCCGACACGUUUGUUGAGGCGCUGCUGCCGGAGGGGCCGGGCCCGCACCGCGACCUCAGCGCUGAGCGGCUGCUCUUCGUCAAAGACAUGGAGCGCUACCGCGCGGCGGCGGCCAAGUUUUUCAGUGACGUGCAGCUGGAGCCUGCGGUAUCCGACCAGGAGAUGAGCGGCCUGCUGCAGCACCUCAGCGGUCGGCACGCGGCCAUGCUGUGCACGCCGGUGGCCGCGCAGGAGCUGUUCACCUAUGUGACGCGGCACUGGCCGGCGGUGCGGCGCGCCGCCGCGGCCACCGACCCGGUGCUCCUAGCCAAGCUGGAGAGCAUCCACUACGCGUACCACGGCCAGGAGACGUCCUUCUCCAACUGAGCGGGGAGGCAUGUCCCUCCAGCUGAGCGGGGAGACAGUCCUCUCCUGAGCGGACCUGAGCCGGCCGGCGGCGAGCCUAGCUGCGCCGCGUGGCCGCGCGCUCUCACAUGGCCAGACCAAUCCAGUGCACCGGUCUGCUGCACACGCCCGGGACAGGGGCAGUCUUUCGCCGACGGAGGCGGCCGGCGCCGGCCCGGACGGCCCAGCCGGGGGCCGGCGCGGCCGGGGAGGCCGCGGGCUGCCGGAGCUGCCGCCGCGCACACAGCGGCGACCAGCUCCGAGACAUUGGUGUAUGUGGGCUUUCAUGAACCGAUCGCAGCCGUGCAGCUGACUGCUUACAGAUGACCGGAGCUAACUAACAUUUAUUGGUGCUAAUGUAAGCCCCAAACUGUGAUAAUACAUGAAAUUUAUCAUCAAA